AUGGGUGGACUACUGUUAAUAAAGCUUUGUUUAAUAAUUAUAUGCAAACCUUUUGUUAUUUGCCAGCAAAUUAAAGGGGAUGGUAUAAUAUUUCAUUACAAUAAUACGUACAUGUACAAUGUACCAUAUGUGGUAUAUGUCAGUAAAAACACUGAGUACAUAAUGGAGUUUGCUGGGGAUCAAGAUGUCUACGAUACUCCAGCCCGCGUUACUGUGGCCAGUGACUUUGCCAACCGCACCUACCCUCUGUUUAUAACGGCAAGACAACAGAAAGGGGUGUUCUCGUGGCAGCUCCCGAUGCUGGUACAGACCCCAGUCAGCCUGGAGCAAUUCACCAACAUCUCCAGGACCCUAUGUCCACACAACAACAUAUUCUCUGAAGAUGAGGACACUUGCGACGUGUCGUCGUUGAACACGCCGAUAGUCCACCUCACGUCUUCCUCCCCCGACCCGAUAAUGGUCACGAUAAUGGUCGAGACCGUCCAGGACUUCUACAUAAAGCUCAACAAGCCGACCAACCUGACCAGCACGCCCAGCCAGCCCAAGUAUUACUUCUACCCCUUCGACCAGGGCCCGAACAGAAUGGUCGAUCUGCGGGCGCAGAGCAUCAAGCGCAAGCACGUUUGCAACAAGGAGCUGGACGAAGCGGAGCGGAGGACCCUGGACAGAUACUUCGUCCAGAGCAACCUGGAGCAGAACUACGGCUGGUUCUCGAGGCCGAAGAGCGUGAUCCUCAUGAUAGAGUCGGACGACGACAUCUGCGCCGUCGUCUCCAUUCAGAACUUCUCGUGCCCGGUCUUCGACAACGAAAGGGAUAUCCUUUACGACGGGUACUACUUGACGAUGACGAGGCGCGGUGGUAUAACAUUGACCCAAGACACGUUCCCGCUGGGCUUCUACAUCGUGUUCAUCGUGAAGACCUCCGACGAGGACUGCACCGCGUCUACUGGCAACGCGUCUAUUCCGCGCGUCGCUCGCCUCCUCGGCUGGGACGAGGCGUUGAGCCCAUCGGGACAGGACUCCCGCCUCAAGGAAUUCCGCUUCAAGAUAAUCCAGACGAUAUCCUACCAGGAGUAUAUGAUAGCGGCUGGUGCCGCAUUGGCGUUCUUCCUCUCCUUCUACGUGGCGUUCAUCAUCGCGGUUCUGUGCCAGAGGAAGAAGAGCAGGGACUCCUCAACGGAGAGCAGUCAGAGUGAAGAAGGCCAGGUGUCUGGCAGUCGGCGGCGGCCUCUGGCGCGGCGGCGUCGCGCCAUCAACGCUUCGGUUGGCACGGCUGGCAGCUCUGGCAACGGCCGCUCCGCUGGCACCACGGACCACAGUUCCAUGUCGGACACAGAGUCUGACGAUUUCGGUGACAACGCUAUACGGGAACAGGGCGACUAUCUGCCAGGGGCUAAACUCUGCGUGGCGAAUCUGUCCAGGUGCCGACCGCGCGUGCUCUCCGCUCGCUCCAAGAUGUAUCUGUGGAACGUCCUCACCGUUGCGGUCUUCUACACCUUACCUGUGGUGCAACUCGUCGUCACCUACCAGCGGUUGUUGAACCAGUCGGGCAACCAGGACCUGUGCUACUUCAACUUCCUGUGCGCCCACCCGCUGAUGGUGCUGUCCGACUUCAACCACGUGUACUCGAACCUGGGCUACGUGCUGCUCGGCGCGCUGUUCCUGGUGCAGGUGUGGCGCCGCCACCAGCGCCACCGCCACCACUCGCCCCACGAGAAGGAGCUGGGCAUCCCGCAGCACUUCGGGCUGCUGUACGCGAUGGGGGUGGCGCUGGUCAGCGAGGGUCUGCUCUCCGCCGCGUACCACGUCUGCCCCAACAGCAUGAACUUCCAGUUCGACACGUCGUUCAUGUACGUGACGGCGGUGCUGUGCAUGGUGAAGAUCUAUCAGUCGCGGCAUCCGGACAUCAACGCGCGCGCCCACGCCACCUUCGGGGUGCUGGCGCUCAUCAUCUUCCUCGGUCUGGUGGGUGUUCUUAACGCCAACUUCUACUUCUGGGUGGCGUUUACGGUGCUCCAUCUCGUCACGUGCCUGGUGAUGACCUUCCAGAUCUACUACCUGGGCAGAUUCCGGCUGGACGGCGCCGUGGUGUGGCGCGCCGCCCGCGAGCUGGUGAGCCGCCCAAGGGCCGCCAUCACGCCGGCCCGCUGCGGCCGCUGCGUGCUGCUGCUGCUGGCCAACCUGGCCAACUGGGCCAUAGCCGCUUACGGGGUAGUUCAACACGGCCGUGACUUCGCAUCGCAUCUGCUUCUGGUGCUGAUGAGCAAUCUGUUCCUGUACACCCUGUUCUACAUCGCCAUGAAACUUCUGCACAGAGAGUCUAUCCGCUGGUACAGCUGGGUAUUCAUCGCGCUCACUUACUCAGUGUGGUUCGGCUCCAGCUACUUCUAUUUGGACCUCAGCACGAACUGGGCGCUGACGCCGGCCGAGUCGCGCCGCAACAACCGCGUGUGCUCGCUCCUGCAGUUGUACGAUUCGCACGACGUGUGGCACUUCCUCUCCUCCACCGCAAUGUUCUUCUCCUUCAACAUGUACCUCACCAUCGACGACAACCUGGCCGCCGUGCCGCGCACCCAGAUCAUGGUCUUC